UUGCGCACGGAAAUGGGCGAAUUAUUCUCACCGGAUCCUGGUCGCACCGCGGGCUCCACCCGAUUGAUCUCGAGCCUCGAAGCUUCCCUAGUUUCCCUUCUUGCUCCCCUCUCUCUGAUAACAGUCUCUGGUUUCAAAGAAGAAAGGGGCGAAUCCAAGUGCAUAAAAAUGUCCAAGUCAUGCAAGGGCCUGGCCAUGGAGCUCGUGAAAUGCCUCAGCGAAUCCGACUGUGUCAAGGUUGAGAAGCGACCAUACAGGGAAUGUGCAGGUGAGAAGGUGCCUUCCAUACCAAGUGAAUGUGUAGGCCUAAGGGAAACAUACUUCAACUGCAAGAGAGGCCAGGUUGACAUGAGAGCAAGGAUACGUGGGAAUAAGGGCUACUAGGUGGCGCUGGUCGAUGCAUGGGCAAAAACAUUUCCAUAGGAGGAAGCUAACCACUAUGAAUUCAUGUGGUCCAAGAUCUGACCCAAGAGUUUAUUCAUUUUUCAGUAAAUUUGUCAUUCAACAUUACUAUCUCUAUACAACGAUUUUUGUAAUCUAAUAUCAGAAACAGAGUCUACCCUCAAAAAAUAAUUUUGGAAACAAAGUGAUGGUCCAGCCAUUAUUGCUCCAUUUGUGAAAGAGAUGGGAUCUUCUUUCGGUUCUGGUCAACUGAUUUAUC